CUACAGGCGAAGAUCAUGGCUUCUCCGAGGACAAUAACGAUUGUUGCCCUUUCCUUCGCUCUUGGCCUUUUUUUCGUGUUUAUGGGCACUAUUAAGCUUACGCCGAGAUUAAGCAAAGACGCCUACAGCGAAAUGAAACGGGCAUAUAAAAGCUAUGCGAAGGCCCUGCCCGCCCUUAAGAAGAUGGGCAUCAGCUCGGUCCUCCUGCGGAAGGUCAUCGGCACACUGGAGCUGGCCUGCGGGGUGGUGCUGACCCUGGUGCCCGGCCGGCCCAAGGACGUGGCCAACUUCCUGCUGCUUCUGGUCAUGCUGGCCGUCCUUUUCUUCCACCAGCUGGUGGGCGACCCCCUGAAGCGCUACGCUCACGCCCUGGUCUUCGGCAUCCUGCUGACCUGCCGGCUCCUCGUCGCCCGGCAGGGCGAGGAGCGGCUGGAGGUGGAGGAGAGCCAGGAGGAGCAGAUCAACCCUCAGGAGAAGAACAAAGUCAAGGUUUCCUAGUGAAGAAGGUGAAGGUUUCUUAGUCCCCAAGCUGACCUGGACUGACUCAGCCCAGGAAGAGGCAAGGACAUCCUUUGGGAUGAUGUGACCGUUGACCCAAAUUCAUUCCCACUCACUCCCAGAGCAGCAAACACACUUUUUAUGAGUUCAUAUCCCACACGAAAAUAAUAAAAUAUUUGUCUGUCUAUUCUGAAUAAUUACCCUCUGAAUCUCUCUUAGUCUUUCAUAGCUAGGAUAAACUGUAACCUUGCUGUCACAAAUGACUUCUAUGAGUGAGGUCCCGGCUUUGUGAAAAGCUGGUGCAUAAUCUGUUCAGUCCGCCUGGUAUGUUUUGAAAGGUCUAAAUUUUUAACAGUUUUAAAAUCUUUGCUCAGUAUUUAAUUGCACAUUUGAUAAGACACUGUAUGUUGCUUCUAGACUGGUCAAUACUGGAUGCGAAAGGGAAUAAAUUUCUUUGGUCUCUUAAUUGCCAGUCUUCCUUUUUUGUUCAAUGUAAUCAUCUUAUAGUUCUGUGCAUGUAAAUGAAAAACUUGCUUUACUCGUGCCAGAAUUUACCACUUUUUUUCUCUACAGAUAUACAUAUUUUACCAUGUUACCACAAAUAGACAUUUCCCGUUUGUAUGUAAUAAAGCAGAAUACCCAGAGUACAGAAAUAAUAAAAUAUAGAUCAAUUUGAUGUGUAACUGCCUUUAAAAUGUUCUGUAUUUUUUGGCAGUCAGAAACCCAAAAGGUGAUGCCCCUUGAUGAGCAUUAGCUACUCAGAUUCUUAUAAAAAAAUGCAGUUUCAUAAGCAUAAUUCACUGCUAACCAUGAGCUUGUCCAGGAAAAGCACCAGAAAACGCAUGGAUAUUUUACUGUACUUUGCUGUACCCUUAAUGACGAGUCUCCUGCUGGGAUAAGCUCUGUUUUAUCACUGUGUUUUCUCAGGUUAAAUAGCUGUACUGAACUGCACUGAUCGUGUUUUUAGAAUGGAAUGAAACUUAAACAUUGUGAAACAGAACAGAGAGCUGAAUAAAGAAAACUUAAGAAA